AUGUGGCUGCUCUCCACCGAGACUCUGAAACUGGAGAAGUUCAACAGCCUCGAGGAUAAGGGAUACGCCAUCCUAUCGCACGUCUGGCGCGGCGAGAAGUUGGAGCAGUCUUUCGCAGACAUCGAGCGGCUGUGCCGUGAAGGCGUAUCCUCGUACAACGACCCGCGAGUGGACGCGAAGGUUCAUGGAUGCGUGCGCGCCGCGAGGGAGCAGGGUUUUGGCUGGAUAUGGAACGACACAUGCUGCAUAGACACCCGGAGCAGCGCCGAGCUCGAAGAGGCGAUCAACUCCAUGUAUAGGUGGUACGCGGAGGCGGCGAUGUGCCUCGCCUAUCUGCAGGACGUGCCGGACGACUGCCCUAUCGAAGACGCAAGCUCGGCCUUCCGCAAGAGUAGGUGGUUCAAGAGGGGAUGGACGCUGCAAGAGCUCCUUGCUCCUCACUGCCUUGUCUUCUUGUCUGCCAACUGGAAGCAUCUCGGGACGAAGUUCGGGUUGGCCGACCUGCUCGAGGACAUAACCGGAAUCGACGCAGAGGUUUUGACUUUCCGUCGCGCGCUUCAGCACGUCAGUGUCGCUCGUCGCAUGUCGUGGGCCUCGAAGCGUGGGACCUCCCGGACCGAAGACCAGGCGUACUCACUCCUGGGCAUUUUCGAUGUCUCGAUGGCCACGAUAUACGGAGAGGGGGAAUACGCGUUCCGGCGGCUGCAGGUCAAGAUCAUGAAGCGUACUGCCGACCACACACUCUUCGCAUGGGGAAAUGCCUGGCCGUCCAUCCAUACUGGACCCUUCGUCCAAAGCCCAAGUGUGCACGACUGGGCCCGCAAGAGCCACCCUUCAUCGCCUCUCCAUAAAGCUACGCCGCCUCGCUUCAGGCCACCGUCUUUCGAGCAAAGCAAGUCCCUCUUCGCACCAUCCCCCGCCGAAUUUGAACAUGCCGCCAUGAGCGCCAUUCCGUUGCCUGAGGCCAUGAAGCAGGCACGUGAAUUCUUCAAUAUUGUGAUUCCUUCAACUUCUGUGAGUGCCUGUUAA